UCCCGGGCUUUGUGGCCGCUGCGCGCGCGGUGGGGCCUGGCCGUCCGGGGGCGCGCCGCCACCUCCCGGCGCUCCCCGAGCCCGCGGCCCUCCCGGCGGCCCAGCCUGCGAGAGGAGCCCAGAGCGCCCCCGCUCGCGCCUCGCCGACCCUCCCCAAGUCGCCGCGGCCGCCGCGCCGCCGCUGCAGAAUGGCCAAGACUUACAACAAAGGACCUACUUGAACAUCUCCUUUGAAGUAAAACCCCAUUGCUAAUAAACUUCUGAAUGUUCUCCUGAGACUCUCAUAAGUCCACAUUCACAGAAAAGAAAGUACUACUGUAUUUCAGACAAGGGAAUCAAGAUCGCUAACGUCCGGGAGAAAUAGAGUGGAAGAUGCAAAACAACGAAAUUAUAAAACCUGCCAAAUAUUUCUCAGAAUUGGAAAAGAGCAUCCUGCUUGCUUUAGUGGAAAAGUACAAGUAUGUGCUGGAAUGUAAGAAAAGCGAUGCGCGAACUAUUGCGCUCAAGCAGCGGACCUGGCAGGCGCUCGCCCACGAGUACAACUCUCAGCCGAGCGUGUCGCUGCGCGAUUUCAAACAGCUGAAGAAGUGCUGGGAGAACAUCAAGGCUCGGACCAAAAAAAUUAUGGCCCACGAAAGGAGAGAGAAGGUGAAGCGCAGCGUCAGCCCCCUCCUGAGCUCGCACGUCCUGGGGAAGGAGAAGAUCGCCGGCAUGCUGCCCGAGCAGCUCUACUUCCUGCAGAGCCCCCCGGAGGAGGAGGCCGAAUACCACCCCGACGCCGCAGCCCCAGAAUCAUUUGCUGUUUCAAAUAGAGAACUGUGCGAUGAUGAGAAAGAGUUCAUACAUUUUCCAGUGUGUGAGGGGACCUCUCAACCUGAACCCUCGUGUUCAGCUGUCAGAAUAACAGCCAAUAAAAACUACAGGAGCAAAACCUCUCAGGAAGGUGCUUUAAAAAAGAUGCAUGAGGAAGAACACCAUCAACAAAUGUCCAUCUUACAACUGCAGCUGAUACAAAUGAAUGAGGUGCAUGUGGCCAAAAUCCAGCAGAUAGAGCGAGAGUGUGAGAUGGCAGAGGAGGAACACAGGAUAAAAAUGGAAGUUCUCAAUAAAAAGAAGAUGUAUUGGGAAAGAAAACUACAAACUUUUACCAAGGAGUGGCCUGUUUCCUCAUUUAACCGGCCCUUUCCCAAUUCACCCUAAGACUGUGGGGGUGGCUCCCUUGUGCUUAAUCUGUGUUGGCAAAGAAUGUCUGGAACACGGACUUGCGGUCAGUAACCUGUCACAGAGCUCCAAGUAGGACACUUAGCGUGGUAGUAGUCACUUAUUUAAGAAAACAUUCAGGUAAACAGUUGCACCUUCUUACAUGGCAAAGAAGCUGUUACAGUCUUCUGAAAACUAUCACUAUGAGUGCUAUAAUUCUGAAUGUCAUGUCUCCUAAUGAGAAUUCACACAGAACCAUGUGUGAGUGUCGUUGUUGUAUUUUUUUUUUUUUAAUCCAAUGCAAGUGUGACUAUAAAGGAGUGUGGCUGAUUUUUUUUUUUUUUUUUUAACAGACAGCGGAACUUUUUUACCCAAGUGACGCCCUCCCACUGGGCGUGGCCGCCCUGGGAGGCCCCGCCCACCACAUUUCUCCAGUGGUGACGCUGUCGCGCAGCAGAGGUCUUUAGGAACCUCUGUGAGAGCUGCGGCGCCUUGUUCAUUUUUUCGGUGGCAUCCUCUGAGUGCGGACUUUCUGAUUUGAAACAGCCCGACAUUUGGAAGGAUAUUUUCUGAUGUGGCUCCUAAACUUCCUUUUAAGGUUCUUCUCCAAAGAGGAGUUCAAAUAAUGUCGCCCACAAAGGUAGCUCUGUUGGAACUGAGAGGGUAGCUACUUUGAGGGAGAAAUGUUCAGUUAGAUUUCUACAUUCUGUCAUGUUUGUUUUAUUAAAAGAGAAGACUUGCAAUUUUAUAGUCACACUGUGUAUGUUUUUUAAAGGUGCUGCCUCCCCACUGUGCUCCCCUUUGGGCCUUCCCUCUGUAGUUCCCUCCCUACUUGGUACCACUGAGUUCAUGGCUACCCUUGUUUUUAACCUUAGGCCACCUAGGGGUCCUCCCCUCACCGUGCUUCUGGUGCUAGCGAAUAGUAAUGCUAUGUAGUCUACAUUAUGCGGUUAGCAUCGGGCUUUUUAAAGAAUCCAUUACCAAUACAUUUGGAAAUAUGGAUUGAUAAAUGGAUGUUUUGGUUGAGCUGUGAUAUAGCUUCUCCUGUAGCCUAGUGUUAAAAACAGCCCUGGAAGCUGGGCAUGGCAGUAUCUGGCAGAAGUGAAGGGACACUUAAGUACCAAGGCCGGUCAGCAAUUUCUGAGAAUGAAAUUGCAAGGCCGUGUGCUGGGGAAGGAGGAACAGGUACGACAGAGGCUGUAUAGGGAGUGUAGGACUAGGAGUCAGGGCUUGAAUUCUGAGUUUGGUUCUGCCUCAAGUGCUCUCUGACCUUAGGUACCUUUUAAUCCUCGGCUGUGUUCUCUUCUCUCCACAAAACAAGAGAGUUGGUCGAGAUAAUGUUCAGAAUUUGCUACAACUCCUUGACUGUAGUGUGGUCUGCAUAAUCUUGAAGGAGUGCCGCUUACAUCAUCGUCAUCCAAGGGCGUGGGUCCGUAGUUCGCAGCAUUGGCUAAGCUUCCCUCCUUCGUCAUUUUGAAAUCUGGGUCUUGGGGACUGUACAUUCAGUAAGAUACACAUACACUCAUUAUUGAAGCACUGCAUAAAGCAAAUGGGCUGCAAUUUACUGUGUACAUUAUCAUAGUUUAAAUCUCUUAGAGGAACUGGUUAUUUAUAGAACACUGUGAAGACUAGGCUUCUUUGAAAGUAAAGAUCCUUCUCUAAGGAUCUGUGUUCUUACCUUAAGUUUUCACCAAAUGGACCUUUUAGUGAAGAAGCAUCUGAAUAAACUUCCAAACUUCAAUGGCUUACAGGAGACAAACUUGACUUUUCAUGUUAUCCCACCCCCUUGGGGACAUGGGUGUGAACUGAGAAAAAUUUGCCUUUGCUUCACCUAUUGCUCCAUCUGGGGAUCCUGUUAGGAUGCAGAUUCUGGAGACGGACCUGAGAUUUUACAUUUCUCACAAGCUCCCAGGUUAUGCCAGUUCUGCUUGUCUGGUCAGCACACUUCUGGGUAGCAAGGUUUUAGAGGACCCUCAUAUGUUUUCUCAAAAACAAAAUUAAAGUUAGGUACAUUUUUGUGUACAGCAUUGUGCUGGGUGUUUUCGCUCAGAAUUCAUCACUUAAGCAUACAAACAACAAUGCAGAACACAAAAAGUGCCCACCCACGCAAUGGAACUAUAAAAGCAUCAAACUAAUUCUUAACCAAACAAAUCAAGGAUGAUUAAGCCAGUGGCCUAAAACACCUUGUUCUACUGUUAGUGGCAUUUAUGAGUUUCUAACAGUAAUUUCCCACCUUGGCUAUGCAGAAGAAACAGUAUUUAAUAAGUAAGUAACCCCACUGGGUCCUGCUCCCAGGGGGUUCUUACUCAUUUGACCCGGGCCUGGUCUACCCUAGUUUUUGGCAGCUUUUCAGGGGAUUAUGAUACCUAAUUGGGAUUGAUGGCCACUGGUAUAGAUUUCCCAAAUAUUUCUCAUUUGAUCCUUAAUCGUGGGAGGUCAUGCAGACGUGAGGAAAUGAUGCUCAGAGAAGAACCACCUGACUAGGGAAUAGCAACGUAGAACCUCAGUCUCAGGUCUCUUGACACAAAAAGAAAUAGUUUCACCUGACUGCCCCGGCCCCAUCCCUCAGAGCACAUCAUGGAUUUGUUACAUCCUGAGAGCCAGAUCAGUGUCUCCAUUCAAGAAUAGGUCUAUCUCAAUGCAUUUCACUUUUAAGCAGUUACUUAACUGAGAAGGAAAUGCAAUACUUAUUUCUUGGUAGGCGCUCUAGAAAGUUGACAUAAGUAUUGAUCCAGUUCACCACCCUCUGCCCUGCCAAAUCAUGGACACAGCCCGGUAGGGGAGGGAAGACUUGGACACAGCUGUCAUGUAUGUGAUUAGUGCAUGCCUUCAAGUGCAUUGGUAGCUCAGAGCAGAGAGCUAAGCAACUUGAAGGAAGGCUUCCCAGAGGAGGUGACAUUUAAGCUAAGUCUUGAGAGCUGGCAUUUUGGGCAGGUGGAGAUUUGUAAAGGAGAGAAAACUUCACUAGAUGCAAAGUCCCAUUGGAGAUUCAAGAUGAUGAGAUCAUUGGGAGGCAGUGAGAACAUGGGGACUUACCAUAUUGGGCAGUAACCUGAUCAAAACUGUGCUCCAGGAGGAAGAUUCGAAGACAGAACUGAGUUUAGAGAAAACUGGGGUCCGGGAGGUGAGGUAGGAGUGUUUGGCCCUGGUUAGGAUGAGACGACAGGAGGACGGAGAAGAGGCUGUAGUAAAAACCAGAGAGACCAAUGUGAAGGGCAUUGCAGAAAUGGAAUCAGUCAGCUUUGGCAGCUGAUUGUUUUUGUCCGAGAGAAGUGGUCAAGUUUAAAGUUAGACACCUGAAAGAAUGAUGCUGCCUCUUGACAUAAAGGAAGAAAGGAUGCAUUUCUGGCUCUGACCGGUUUUAAGGGAGAUCUACACACAGAAUAGUGCAGUUGCCUCCCACUAAGCCUCAAACACACUGGCACCUGCUCUCAUCUCCUCUUCGGCUGUCACCUCUUUGCUCUGACUUCCGCCUCUUCAGCUGCCUGUGCUGCCUCUUUCACCUGUUCAUCUGACUUCAACCCCUCCCUGCCGGGUCCUUGUCACCCCACUCAUUUGGUAUUGGCUCUGCCAUCAUCACCUCCAUUGCAGCUGGUGGUGUGUCAGUCACCAUCACUUAUAAUGACUUUUUACUAGAAAGAGCCGAAAAGGUUAUUUCUUCACCUUGCCCUUCAGCUCUUUUCUAGACAGUUGGCAUCCACAAUUUCAUUUUUUAAAAUAUCCCAUGUUGUCUAAAGGAGGAUGGGCUAAGAGGCGUUGUUAAGCCCCAUGGAUGCCCAUAAUGGCCCCUUGACAAAAAUCAGACAUGGGAUCCUUAUCCUGUGAAGCAUCAAACAUUUAGGAAAUGUUUUGGGAAUUUUUCAGGCAUGUAGAAUCUUAAAAUGCAUAUUUUUUUUUCAAAGAAGAAAGAGGACAGGAAGAGAGGCAGCCUGGCGGAUGUGUGCAUUUGAGUUGUCAACAGCCUCCGCAGUGGCAGAUCAAUCACAUCAACACUCGGUCUGGACCAGGAGAAAGGAGUGGCUCUGCCUCCUGGGAAUGUCAGAAGGACCUGAUAAUUAUAUUUGGCAAAGCCAUGAAGAGUGGCUCAGUAAUGUCAUUGCUAAGAAUUACCCUUUAAUAGCAUUUCUGGAUGUCUGAGCUUUUCAAAUGGAAUGCCACUCCAUUUCCGCUGUGAUGGUCCUUUCUGUUGGGCUGCUUCCCAGGUGGUCCUCCCGUCCUUUCUUGCCCUCGCUUUGAUAUCAGUUUGGUUUUCCUCCUAUCUUCCUCCUUCCCAGGCCUGUUUCUCUGCCCCCUCUGUCUGUACCUACUACGAUCCCUCUCUUCUCUGUUUUAGAGAUGUAGUCGUGUGAGAAUGUGUGUGAGCGAAAUACUUGCCAAGGGACAGCAGAUUCAACAUCCGGUGUCCGCAAGGAGAGGUGUAGCCUUAGACUGGCAGAACCACCGAUGACUUGCUUCCAUGCUGCCUCCGAGGCUGCUGUGUUGGUGGGAUUCAGCAGUCAUGGGAAAGGUCGCCAGUGAUCUGUGACUACGACACAUUCUUUUCCUAAUUGUGCCAUCGAUUAUGCCCUUCAACAAAAUUUACUAAUCUCUGCCUCAGUUUCUCCAUCUGUGAAAGUGGUGUAAUACUUAUCUACCUCCCUUGAAUGUUGUGAAGAUUAGUCUGUUAGCAAAGCACUUUUGAAAUAA